AAGUAGCCGCCAGCCGGCGGCGGGAAGACAAAACGGGAACUCAACUCAACUCCGACUGUUGCUUCUACCUGACUGCAUAAACAUCAAGCUACACCGAUGGCCAUCGACGGACAGUACAAGCACCUGCCGACGACAUUAGCCUUGGCACUUGCCGCCGUUUUUUCUGCUUCUUCUGCAAUCUCCAUUUAUUUAUGGAGGAGAAAAUGGGGAUAUGAAAGUUCAAAGGUUAAAGAGCUUCAGAAGUCUCUCAACUCUGCCAUGGAGAAAUGUGCUGCCGAGAGGCAAGGUCGUAUUAGGGCUCAGCAGGAUUUGAGGAAAGCACUGGCAGAACCAAAGUUGGAAAAUUUAGAGAUGACUUCAUACCCCAUGGCACCUAUUGGUGUCAUCCAGUCAUGCUUCUCUACAAGGAAUGGGACACCCAGGCAACCUCUACUUGUUCCUCUUGCUAGAGCAUGUUUGGUAUUUGAUUCAGCAAGAGUCCCUCCUGCAUCCCUUGAGGGUCUUGAAGAAUAUUCUCAUUGUUGGAUCAUAUAUGUAUUUCAUUUGAAUACUGAUCUGGAGAAGUUAUGGAAGCACCCAUCUAAAUCAAAGUUCAAAGCCAAGGUGAGAGUCCCAAGACUGAAAGGUGGAAGGAUGGGAGUCUUUGCUACUCGAUCUCCACAUCGGCCAUGUCCUAUAGGACUGACUGUUGCAAAGGUGGAGGCAGUCCAAGGAAAUAUGCUUCUACUUUCUGGGGUAGAUCUGGUUGACGGGACACCAGUUCUUGAUGUCAAACCUUACCUACCUUAUUGUGACAGUAUUGAAGGAGCACUGGUGCCAAACUGGGUAAUGGUGGACAAUAUGUUGGCAGUGUCUUCUGUAAGCUUCUCUGAGGACUUCUUUUCCUCACUUUCAGAUUGCUGGAAAGCAGCAGAAAAGAAAUCCCUCUACACAUCACUAGACGAGCUCAAAACCUUGGUCAAGCAGAUCCUUUCUUGGGAUAUUCGGUCAUCAUCUCAGCGAAAUCGACCCCACAAUACCUUCACAAAGAUAGAAAAUGGAAAUGGCAGUGUCCAAGAUAAUGCUUCAGACCUUGAUGAUUUCCAAGACGAAGAAGCUUCUGAUCACUGUAGUGAGUUGGCACAACCUUCCGGAUACAUAAUUUAUCACCUGACUAUAGAAGGAAUGGACUUCGCUUACAGAAUUGACGAGAAUGGCAAUGUUAUUGUAGAGAAAGUCACUCUUUUAUCUGAGAUUCCAGGUGGUUCUCAGAAACGUUGCAACUACUCUAUGUGGAAAAACAAACUACACUAACCAUCUGGUUCUGGAAAUGCAACAUGAUUUUCACUUCACGUGAUAAUGUUUUUGGAAUUUAUGUCUCACCCUUUUGAGCUUUGGCUUUGCAUUCAUUCUUCACAAAAUCGUUGAAAACGUGAUUUUGUGGCUUCCCAAUUUUAUCUGUUUUGUUCUCGUUUAAACCGAGUAAGUUUUUGAAGUUGUCUUCUGUUAUUCGUAUAAAAUACCAUAAUUAAC